UCAAUGCAUCAAAACCAAUUCAAGAAAAAACAAGAUCACACAUUUACAAGAAUUUAAUUAUCUUCAUAUAUAAAUAGAUUCCUUCAUCAUCUAUAUAAACCCCCGUUUGGCCUCUCCUUCUCCACCAAAUAUAAUUAAGUUAACAAGUUUUUCUCCCAUAGCUUAUUUUCUUUCUUUGAAUGGCUCCAAAUUUGAGCAAAGGUGCCUCAAACGCCGCAUUUCUUGUCGAUGGAUUCACCACCUCGAUCGUUAACCUGGAUGAUGAAUCGAACUUCACCGUCAACGACCACGUUUUCCUCUCCGAAGUUCCACCCAACAUCACCGCUACCCCAUCACCCUACGGCCCCACCGGAGAGAAGGUGGUGCCACCAUCCUCCUCCGCCUCUCUGGGAUGCUUCGUUGGGUUCGACACCGAAGUACCGUCCAGCCACCACGUGGUCCCAAUCGGGAAGCUCAAGAACAUCAAGUUCAUGUCCAUUUUCAGGUUCAAAGUAUGGUGGACCACCCACUGGAUCGGGUCAAACGGUUCGGAUCUCGAGCGCGAAACCCAAAUCGUCAUGCUCGACAAAUCCAACGAUAGCGGAAGACCCUACAUCGUCCUACUCCCACUCAUCGAGGGCCCGUUCCGGGCCUCCCUCCAACCCGGAACAGACGACUUCAUCGACAUAUGCGUCGAGAGCGGGUCAACAAAAGUCAACGCAUCCUCAUUCCGGGCCUCGCUCUACAUCCAAGCCGGAAAUGACCCUUUUACCCUCGUCAAGGACGCCAUCAAGGUGGCUCGCCGCCACCUCGGCACAUUCAAGCUUCUAGAGGAGAAAACCCCUCCGGGCAUCGUCGACAAGUUCGGGUGGUGCACGUGGGACGCAUUCUACCUGACCGUCCACCCCCACGGGGUCAUGGAGGGGGUGAAAGGUCUGGUGGACGGGGGUUGCCCACCGGGGCUGGUCUUGAUCGACGACGGGUGGCAGUCGAUCUGCCACGACGAAGAUCCGAUCACCUCCGAGGGGAUGAACCGGACGUCCGCAGGGGAGCAGAUGCCCUGCAGGCUCAUCCAGUUCCAGGAGAACUACAAGUUCAGGGAGUAUGAGAGCCCGAACCAAACGGGGCCCGGCCCGAAAUCGGGGAUGGGGGCCUUUGUUCGGGAUCUCAAGGAGAAUUUCAAGAGUGUGGAUUAUGUGUAUGUUUGGCAUGCUCUUUGUGGGUAUUGGGGUGGACUUAGGCCCAAUGUUAAGGGCCUGCCUGAGGCUAAGGUGAUUGCCCCCAAAUUGACACCUGGACUUGAGACAACUAUGGAAGAUUUGGCCGUUGACAAGAUUGUCAACAAUGGUGUUGGCCUGGUCCCACCUGAAUUCGUUGACCAAAUGUAUGAAGGUUUACACUCACAUCUUGAAUCUGUCGGGAUUGAUGGUGUCAAAGUUGAUGUCAUCCAUUUAUUGGAGAUGGUGUGUGAGGAUUAUGGAGGGAGAGUGGAGUUAGCAAAAGCUUACUACAAGGCAUUGUCUUCCUCAGUGAAGAACCAUUUCAAAGGGAAUGGUGUAAUUGCCAGCAUGGAGCACUGCAACGAUUUCAUGUUCCUCGGAACCGAUGCUAUUUCCCUCGGCCGCGUCGGAGAUGACUUCUGGUGCACUGAUCCAUCCGGCGAUCCAAAUGGCACGUUCUGGUUGCAGGGUUGCCACAUGGUGCACUGCGCCUACAACAGCUUAUGGAUGGGUAAUUUCAUCCACCCUGAUUGGGAUAUGUUCCAGUCAACGCAUCCUUGCGCGGAGUUCCACGCAGCCUCACGCGCCAUCUCCGGUGGGCCCAUUUACGUCAGCGACUCCGUCGGAAAGCAUAAUUUCCAGCUGUUGAAGAGCCUGGUUCUUCCCGAUGGUUCGAUCCUCCGCUGCGACUACUACGCGCUCCCCACGCGCGACUGCCUCUUCGAGGACCCGCUCCACAACGGCGACACCAUGCUCAAAAUUUGGAACCUAAAUAAGUUCACCGGAGUGGUGGGGGCGUUCAACUGCCAAGGCGGCGGAUGGAGCCGCGAAGAGAGGCGGAACAAGUGCGCCGCCGAGCACUCCCACCGCGUCUCCUCCGUGGCGGGCCCCGCCGACGUAGAGUGGAAGCACGGAACAAAUCCAAUCUCCGUCGAAGGAGUCGGAAAAUUCGCCAUGUACUUUUUCCGAGAGAAGAAGGUGGUGAUCUCUAAUCCGUCGGACACAAUCGCCGUAUCUCUGGAUCCGUUCAAUUUCGAGCUCAUCACCGUAUCUCCGGUGAAGUUCCUGGCCGGAUCUUCCGUGCAGUUCGCUCCAAUUGGUCUGGUGAACAUGCUGAAUACAGGUGGCGCGAUUCAGUCGUUGGUGUAUGACGAUGGUGCGGCUACAGUUGAAACUGGAGUGAAAGGAACCGGAGAGAUGAGGGUGUUUGCUUCUGCAAAACCGGUGGUGUGUAAAGUGAAUGGCAAAAGUGUGAAUUUUGUGUAUGAAGAUGACAUGGUUAUUACUCAAGUGCCAUGGCCGAACACUUCUUCUGGAAUUUCUGUCGUUGACUACGUGUUUUGACUUUUCAUUACUACUUCCUCAAUUUAAUAUAUAAAUUGGGGUUUUAUAUUAUUAUUAAAUGUAUUUCCAAGUAAUGAAAUAUGAAUAAGCUUUUAUAUCUCCCAAUUUGAAAUUUUGGCUUGUUUAUUAUGUUCUACUUAUUCGGUUACUUGUAUUGAAUUUAUUUGAAUUAAAUGAAAUGAAAUUAAUUAU